ACGUAUUAUGGAUGGAACGGGAUUUUACAGUGUUUUUAUACAAGUGCAUGAACAUUAUAAUAGUGUUUUUGUUCAAAAAAAAAAAAAAAGUACAUUUCUUUUUAUCGUACUUUCUUAUCUGGCAACUCUUGAGUUGCUAUCAUAUCAAAUCUCUUAUUGGAAUUUUGUUUCCGAUAGGCGAGGCGGGGGCGGGUUGUUGUUCUUGUUGGAUGAUCAGUUCGGACUUUAAGUUCCCUUGAGUUUUUUUUUUUCAACGGGUUUUUGUUUGAUUUGUAGUCGCAGCCGGGGCGGGAAACGCAAAAACAUAACGAGAUUGGAAAAGGAACUUUAAACGCAUACACACUCUCUCUCUCGCACUUGUCAAGUUGAGCGGAAAGAGGACCAAGUUUUUGAUUUUUUGGGAGGUUUCUUUUUUGGAUAUACGCUACUCUCCACACACACCUUUUUUUCUUUCACCCGCCCGCAUAUCCGUUUGUUGAAAGAACUGGACGGCAAACGAUUUGUUAUAGAGGAGGAGUCUCGACGCUCGUUUCGCGCUUCCGCGAUUGGCUGAACGUUUUUCACUUUGGCCUCUCCACCUUUACGUUUUCUUUAUAUGUUUCCAUCAUGGCCAACUUUGCCUACUACACGGACCGAACACCCAUCAUUGAGCUCCCCAUCACCCGCACCAAACGCCUCCUAGCGACUCAAAGCAAGUUCCUCCGAGCCCUCGCAACAGCCCUCGUGGCCAAAAAGCACACCACGGAUGCCUCGUCAUUUGCAGCAGCAGCAGCCGCUUUAACGACAUCCCCCCACGCCAUCGCCGUGACACAUAAAAGUUUUUUACGAUCAAUCAUGACGGCUAGUGCAGCUGGACGAACGCCUGCACAUGUUCCAGCGUUGACGACACAAGAAUUGAUUCGAUUGUUGGGUGGAACAGAGUAUUCUCGGACGAAACAAAAGACGGAUGUCUGGUCAGCACUUGAACGGGUUCUUCGAGCGGCUUUGGCGGUUACAAAAGAGUGUUUGACUAACCCGUGGGUGGAUGUUGGGUUGGUCCUUGUGGCUGUUGUGACGCUUUCUUGGAUCUAUGGACGUAAACCCUCCUCGUUACCCGAAUCCGAUGCGGAAUCCGACGUGGAAUCCGAUUCUGAAUCCGAUGCCGAUUCUGAAAAAUCAUCACCAAUACCUAAAGACCAAACCCACCUCCUCCACACCCUCGAAACCCUCACAACAGCUCACAACCACACUCAAACACUCCUAGACUCCCUCACAACCUCUCAUACCGCCCUCCUCUCCCGUGCCGCCAAUCUGGCGACUGCACUGGAAACGAGUUUGGCACAUGCGAGACAACUGAGUGAUCGGCUUGUGGAAUCGCAAACGAGGAUUGAGCGCCUUGAGGAGGAGAAUCGGACUUUGGUUGCGAGGUUGCAGGGGGAGGAGGAGUGGGAGGUUUUGGGUGGGUGAUAAUAUUAUGGGGUUUUUGUAGGAGAGUUUUUUUUUUUUUUGUAUACACAUGUGGUCGUUUUUGAAUGGGGUUAAUGUAUAAUCAAAAAGUUUCGUAUUUUCUUUUUUUUUAUGGUUAAAAAAAAUAUCUUGAGCGUCA